CUUCUCUUCGAAUAAAAAAUUUAAAAUCUUUGAUGUAGUAGAUAUAUCUAGUCUUCCUAAAAAAUAUAUAUUGAUACGGGCAUUAUUAAACAAUCAUGAAAAUAAAAUAUAAUCUUUUAUCAUUAUUAAUUAUUCUAUGUCACAUUCAAGAUCUUUUAGCUAAAACAGGAGAUAAAGUAGGUAAUUACAAGCUUUUAGUGUUCACGGUUGGAACGGAAAAAACCGAUGGCUUUUUGAGGUAUCAAAGAUCUUCCAAUGUAUUUGGUCUUCGAUCAGUGGUUUUGGGAAUGGAUCAAGUAUGGCAAGGCGGAGAUGUUAGGUACUUUCCGGGAGGCGGUCAGAAAAUCAACCUGUUAAGAAAAGCCCUGAGCUUGGACAUUGAUAAGCAUUACUUCGAAAAAUUCGGCCGAACGCCUCCUAUCGAUAUAUCCAACGAGGUAGAUCACCAUAUAGAUGACGAUAAUCUAACCGAAGAUGAUUCGGAAUUUAGUAUUGCUAAUGGUAAGAUCGAUUACGACAAUUUGAUAGUGCUCUUUACUGACAGUUACGAUGUGAUAUUGAACGGAAACGCCACGAAGAUCAUUAAAGCUUUUUUGUCCACCAAUUCGGGUCUACUAUUUUCUUCCGAAAUCUUUUGCUGGCCCGUUACUUCUUUGGCAGAAUCAUAUCCAGAAAGCGAAUGGAAAAACAAAUAUCUCAACUCUGGAGGAUUCAUCGGAUUCUACCGGAACCUGUCAGAAAUUUUGAAGAUACCAUCUGACAAGAAUUCUAUAGAUACGAAAGAUAUGGAGGUGGAUAUCAUACGAGCCGAUGAGGAUGAUCAAUUAUAUUACACCAAAAUGUUUCUGGAUCCCGAGAUAAGGAAAAAAUUAGCCAUCAAAUUGGAUUAUCAAAACGUAGUAUUUCAAAAUUUGAACGGAGUGCCUCAAGAAGAACUCAAAUUGACGACUCUAAAGGACAAGUACACCGAUACGGAAUCUAUUAGUGAGGACGUGUUCUCGUUCUCUGGAAUUUCUGAUUCAUCUUCCUCCGGCAUUUUAACGGUGAUUAAUGUAGUACACAAGUCAGAACCAAUGGUAAUACACGGCAACGGAAAUUCAAAGAUUCAAUUAAAUUACCUCUCAAAUUACGUACCUUUAGCCUGGUCUGUGGUGGAUGGGUGUCUUUCUUGCAAAGAAAAUACUUUUUCUCUGAGAUCUAAGCAGCUACCCGAAUAUCCUACAUUAUUCUUGCAUUUGCACGUCGACAAGUCAACACCGUUCUUGAGAGAAUUUUUAGCAAAAAUCAGAGGAUUAGAAUAUCCCAAGAACAAAAUAGUGCUCGAUAUCUAUUCUAAAGUAGAAUUGCACGACGACGAAAUAUCGAAAUUUUUGACCGAAAAUUCGAAUAGAUACCUAUCUUCGGCCUGGAAUAAAUUUGAAUACCAAAGUUAUGGAACAGAUCAAAAUUCCGAAGAUCCAACUUCAAAUUCCAUGGUUUACAAAGAGAGGGACGAUAUUUUAUAUCGAUUUUAUCGUGACACCCACAAGCCGCAGUACUUUUUUACAAUCGAUUCGGAAUGCCAUUUGGAUAACCCUAAAACUCUUAUUCUUCUUAUAGAACAAAAUAAAACCAUACUAGCCCCAAUGUUAGCCAGACCCGGGAAAAUGUGGACCAAUUUUUGGGGAGCUCUUAGCCCGUCAGAGUUCUAUGCCCGUUCUGACAAUUACAUCGAUAUUGUUACUUACAAACAAUUAGGCAUUUUCAAUGUUCCUUUCAUCUCUUCGUGCUACCUGAUUCAAAGGCACAAAAUUAUGGCUUGGAUCAAAAAUAUCAAAAUUUCUGCCUUAGCUCAACAGAACAAAAAUGAAAAACUAAUUGGUGAUGACAAUAAUGCAAUUUCAUUCGAAGAUGAGGAAAUGGGUUUAUAUUCGAUGUAUAGAUGGCAGAAACACGACACCGAUAUGGCCUUCUGUCACAACCUUAGAACUAUGGGCGAUUUUAUGUACAUCACUAAUCUUCAAAUGUAUGGGCAUCUAAUCGAUUUCGAAUUUUACGAAACAUCACAUUUCAAUAACGAUCUUUACCAGAUAUUCGAUAAUCCUAAAGACUGGGAAGAUGUUUACAUUCAUCCGGACUGGAAAAAGCAAAUAGAUCCGGAAGUCAAAUUGGAAGAACCGUGUCCUGACGUGUAUUGGUUUCCUAUUUUCACGGAUAGAUUUUGCGAUGAGUUAAUUGAAGAAAUGGAAAAUUUGGGUGAUUGGUCCGGGGGUCGACACGAAGAUCAAAGGCUUGCUGGUGGUUAUGAAAAUGUUCCUACUGACGAUAUUCACAUGAGGCAAAUUGGACUUGAGAGGCAUUGGCUUCAUUUCCUUAAAAUGUAUAUUACACCAAUUCAAAUCAAAGCUUACCCGGGGUAUCAUCACGAUCCACCGGAAGCAGUCAUGAAUUUCGUAGUUAGAUACAAGCCAACGGCUCAAUCCUAUUUGAGACCUCAUCACGAUUCCUCCACUUUCACCAUAAAUGCCGCCCUAAAUCGUUAUAAAAUUGAUUACGACGGGGGUGGAGUCCGUUUCCUACGCUACAAUUGCAGCAUAAUCGAUACUAGGAAGGGUUGGAGUUUUAUCCACCCUGGCCGUUUAACGCAUUACCACGAAGGUCUGCUCAUUACAAACGGAACUAGAUAUUUAAUGGUUUCAUUCGUUGAUCCUUAGCUUAAUAAAAAUCUUAUACAUUUUUCUUCUUAUAGCCUAUUUAUAAUGCCGAAUUAUUGCGAAUUUAUUUGUAAAUUUUUUAAUUUUUUUUAAAAUAUUCAAAUCGACGAAAUUUAUUACUUAAAGUUUCUUAUUUAAAUAAUAAAUAAAAUUUUAAUUUAAUUAGGAAAAAUAUUUGUGAUGUAAUUUUUAAUUUUUCUUCUCUUAUAUCCUUCCUUCUCAAACUUUUUUAAAAUACCCUUUUUUUAAACUAUCAAAAAAUUUUAACAACGCAUUUUUCGCAAAGCAGUCAAAGAUCUCUCAUUCUUAUACAUUAUAGAUUAUCUGAUUGACGAUUCAUAAUCUCCUUCCAUUUGUUUGCAGAAAAAAUAAUCAUACUUUAUAUUUGGGCAUUUUUUUUUACUGCUUUAUUUGACCAUUAUAUAACCGCCCUAAAAUAUACAUCUUAGGACUGUUACAUGAAGGUCGAAUAUGACUAAUGAAAAGCACUAAAACAGCUUUUCGACAUAGGGUUUUAAAGAAACAUUAGAAUAUGUGUAAUAAUAUUAUAAUAAAACACCUACAGACUUUGCACGAUUUAAUUUCAGGAUCUUAGAAUUCAUUUUUCGAAUCUCAUUUUAUGUAAGAAGAUUAAAAUUGGUGACAGUCUGUUAUGUCAAAAUAAUUGCCUUAUCCCUAUCUUAGCUAUUUUAAUAUUUAUUUUCGAAAUUAGCUUCAUUUUUUUUUCAAAAUCGAAUUUAUUAUAUUUAUUUUUUUUACUUAUCGCUUAUUAAACAAAUUAUCAUAGAAAUAUAUAUUUUUCAAACUUAUAUUAAAUGCAUUCAUUAAUUCCUUGCAUUUUUUUACGCGCUCAAAUGAUAUUAUACCCCCCCCCCUCCCCUCCCUUUUUAAAAAAAUUUAAGAUAUCGCUGUUUUUUAUUUCAUCAUAAUUUAAAUAUUAUAUUGUGUCAAAUCGUGUUAAAGAAACUAAUUUUAUACAUUUUUAAAAAAUAUUAUUAAAAUACUUUGCUAUAUUACUAUAAGGUACACUCAAGUCCUCCAACUGACCUAUUUUUUUAGGCCAUAUCUGGUCGGCUCGAUUUUUUAAAGCUUCGGGAUGACUCGGAAAGGUCAUCUAAACUCAUAACUGAAAAUCACAAAAAUAUUUUCAUUUUUUAAUUAUAAAUUCGCAUAUUUUUUUAAAAUUAUAUUUACUGUUAAUUAUUUAUUUUUUAUACAUUUUCUUGAAAGAGUUAUUCGUAUAAACGCAUGGUAAGAAAAUAAAAGUUUCUUUGUGGGUUC